GCCCCGGGCAGCUGUAGCCCAGCGUGGCCCGCGUGGCGCUGGGCCUGGCUCCCGGCUCCGGUUUCCGGGCCGGCGGGUGGCCGCUCACCAUGCCCGGCAAGCGCCAGCACUUCCAGGAACCCGAGAUCGGCUGCUGCGGGAAAUGCUUCCUGUUUGGCUUCAACAUUGUCUUCUGGUUCUCCGUGUUCCUCGGCCUCGUCUUCUUCCUGGAGCUGGCAACAGAGAUCCUGGCCUUUGUCUUCAAGGGCUGGAUUCGAGUCCAGCUCGACCUCUUCAUCAACAGCAACGUCAAGGCCUAUCGGGACGACAUUGACCUCCAGAACCUCAUUGACUUUGCUCAGGAAUACUGGUCUUGCUACAGAGCCCCAGGCCCCAACGACUGGAACCUCAAUAUCUACUUCAACUUCACUGACUUGAACCCUAGCUGGGAGCACUGUGGGGUGCCCUUCUCCUGCUGCGUCAGGGACCCUGCGGAAGAUGUCCUCAACACCCAGUGUGGUUACAACGUCCGGCUCAAACUGGAGCUGGAGCAGCAGGGCUUCAUCCACGCCAAAGGCUGCGUGGGCCAGUUUGAGAAGUGGCUGCAGGACAACCUGAUUGUCACGGCCAGGGUCUUCCUGGGCAUCGCCCUCCUCCAGAUCUUUGGCAUCUGCCUGGCCCAGAAACUGAUGAGUGACAUCAAAGCAGUGAAAGCCAACUGGUGAGGCCGCCACAGGCCAUGGCCAUAUGCCUGGCUUACCCAGCCUCGGGGGCCCCACAGGACCCUCCGACCACACUCUUGAUGGGCAAGGCUGCAGGAGGCGUUCCUGCUGGGACUGAGCCCUGAGAGGUUCGCCUGAGCCACUGUGCUGUCCACCCACGGAGAAAGCUGCUGUGCUUCUGCCUGGGCCACUUGUCCUGUGUGCGCACGCACAUACACAGGCAGGCACACGUGUGCACAGGGAGCCACUGUCUCGGCGGCACUUGGGGUAGGGGAUCUCCAGGGAACUAGGAAGGGCGCAGCUCAGAGGGUGCGGGCCAGGUGGGGUGGGAGGCGCUGUGUGAAGGGCCCGCCCCUGUUUCCCGCCCCCCAGUGCUGGGAUGCACUUUUCUGUGCGUGGCUGUAUGGGAUGUGUUCCUGGAGCCACUGCCUCAAGCAGCUUCAGAGUGUUCUUCUCCAUGAACUGUGACUUUGAGCCUGCCAGGAACCCACCUCAGCCUCAGUGUUUCAGACUCUGAAAUGGGGCCAAGAAUUUUCUCUCUCUUGCUUGCCUCUCAGGAGGAAAUGGAAUGAUGACUUUGAAAACCACUGGCUUAUGCCCACCAUUUUCGAGGUCCUGUCCACGUGGGGCCUCAGCAGAACUCUCUGGUUGGGGCCCCUGGCCUGGCGCCACCCUGCUGACAUGUUUUCUUUGGCCUGGGUGGUUUAUAUCCUUGAGCCAACCUUUAAAAAUUGGUAGAUUUCACAUAAGUGUCCAGAUCCACAGCUUCUUUUGAAGAAUGACCACCUGGCUACGCCAGCUCUUCAGUGGCAAUACUACCUGGGACACUGCCUCCCCUGUCAUCAGGGGCCGGCCCCAGGUGGUCUGUUCUACUCACCUAAGUGCCAUCUGACCCUGGUACACUAGGAGUUGGCCUCUCUCACCUCUGCGGGGUUAUUCCCUGCACCUCGAGGCCGCUGCGGGCCAACCUGGAAUGCAACACAGGGACCUGAAGGAUCGGGAGGCUGGACCCCGCUCUGAAGAGAGUGUAGCCUGGGAGAGGUGGCCUUGCUGGGGACUCCGGUGGGAGUAGAGUGCCCAGGAGAGGGUGAGAGGGGUGGGAUGGGGUCAGGACAAUUUUGCAAAGAAGUAGCUGGAAGCCAGGGGACUGGGGUGAGCCUGGCUCAGGGGGGUCUGGAUGGUUGACUCCUAGGAAUCAGGUUCAGUAUCUUAGCCGUGGCUGCAGAGCUCCCUGAUGUGCACUAGAGGGCGCGCCGGCCCCACACUCCCUGGGUCUGGCUUCCUCCCGCAACCUCUCGCCAGUACAGCCUGUGCCUGCCUGCUAGCCCUUCCAGAUUCCCGGAGUUCGGGAACUUCUCAAGAGCCAACUGGCUCAGGCUUAGGAAGGGUGGCUGCUGCCCUCAGCUCCGCCUCAUCAGCUAUGCAAGGGGUAUGUGUGCAGUUACCCUGCCGCCCCCUCCCUGGGCUUGUCCAGAGAUCUCAACCUCGGAUGCCCCUGCAGUCACGUAGAUCAUUAUAAGUGGAUGAAGCAGGCCCUGGAAUUGGGAGCCUGCUUCACUUUGACUUUCCCACUGUUGCUGGAGACAAAGACAUCGUGAUGAGAGAAAAUUCGCACAAUCUAGUGGGUAACUGCCACUUGCCUUGAGAGCAAUAGAGUGUGGUGGGUCCCCCUCUGACGGUGGUCACUGCCAUGUUCAGGUGUAGCUAAUUGCUCUGAUUGCUCUGAUGUGGGAAUGCAGGCCUAAUUCCAGAAAUCUGGAGAAGCCAGAAUACAGAUUUCUAUGUGAGGUGUCCUGAUUUUUAAAUUGUUGGCAGAAACUAAACUAAUUCAGAAAUUAAAUCUGCAGGCCAAACAAGGUGCAGGGCCCAGCUUUGGCCCCAUGCCCCGUAGGUCCCUCUAGGACAGUCACCACUGGGGCCCUGGCUACUCUGCCAUUCAGGGAUGCUGGGCACUGCUGCCUGGUGGCCAGGGUGCGGGCUAUGUGCCCAGCAUUGUGGUUCCUUGGUCCCGCCAGACAGUGUCCUGGGCCCCUGACAGGUGCUGGCUGUGAGUGGUUUAUACAUGCUAUAGUAAAUGAAGAUCACAG